AUGGCUUUUCGUAUACGUUUGAAUAAUAUUGAUUCGUAUCAAGCCUAUCCAACCUCUCUUGACCCUACGUUCCCUCAUAUCCCUGAUGAUGAGCGUCCGCCGAAGAUUCCGAUAGUCCGGGUCUUUGGAGCCACUGAGACUGGUCAGAAAGUAUGUGCGCAUAUUCAUGGGGCUUUCCCAUAUCUCUAUGUUGAAUAUCCUGGGAAAAGCUUGAUGCCAGAAGACGACCGGGCUAUGGGGCUAUCCGCUGGCCGUUCUAUCCGAUCACAAGAGAAGCCACCUCGCUUUGUUGCUCAUAUAUCACUUGUCAAAGGUGUCCCAUUCUAUGGUUUCCAUGUUGGAUGGAAGUUCUAUUGCAAGAUAUACCUAUUCAACCCGCAUAUGAGGGGUCGGCUUGCGAGGAUUCUACAGAGCGGAGGUGUUUUGAGUAGGGUUUUCCAGCCACAUGAGGCUCACAUUCAGUACAUACCGCAAUUUAUGAUUGAUUUCAAUCUAAAUGGGUGUGGAUUCAUCGAGUGCGACAAGGUCCUCUUCAGAGGGGAAAUACCGGAUGCGGAUGAAAUAGGGGAGCAACAUAUCUGGCAUAAUAAGUCAAUACCGGAGGUAUCUAUUCUGCCCGAGAGCCAGUUCCAGCGGCAAUCUUAUUGUACUUUGGAGGUCGAUAUUCACGUUCGGGACAUAUUCAAUAGAAAGCAAGUUUCGGCGCGGCCACUUCAUUUCGACUUCGUUGAACGCACAAAUCCUAUAUCGCCUGAUAUAAAACUCGUUCAUAGCAUGGCAGAGCUAUGGAAAGAUGAGAAUCGGCGAAGAGGUAAUAAUAGUAACCCCGCGGAGGGUCUGGUAUCUUCAUCCUCCGACCAGCGUGGGCCUUCCGGAACUUGGAUUCAUGAGGAAGAGUAUCGAGAGAGGAUAAAAGACAUAAUCAAGACUGAGAGGCGGGUUAGUGACGGCCGCACUCUCAAAUUCGAAACUUAUGUAUCUCGCGCACAAUUCGAAAACCUUUGGCCAACUGCUUUCGAGAGUGUAGCAGAAUCGUUUGAGGGAGCAGGCCUGCCCCCGGACAAGAAAGUUGAGCUUGUUGUAGAAGCUGAAAUUGCUGAAGUUGACGAGAGUCUCGUUUACGAUAUCGGUGAGGGAGAGUUCAGCGAUAGUGAUUUUGAAGGUCUCUUUGAUGUAAUGGAUGAUCCAGGGGGCGAGCAGAGCGCUAAAGUUAAAGCUGAGAAGAGUCAUGAACAAGUGAAAAGGGGCUUGGUAUGGGAGCUGCAGGGGCGCGAGCUAAAGAUAUCAUCGUCGCCGCCAAUGCCAGAAGCCUCAAAUGGGGAGGGCCGAGUUGAAAAGAGCUUGUCUAACAAUUCACAAUUAACUAUCGCGGGUGGUUCAUUCUAUGAAGGACUAGUUGAAGAAUUCAUUGAAGAGGAAGACGAUAUAGUCGUUACUGAUAGCAGGGUCUGGUUUCCGACAAGCUCUGUUGAUCCAGAUGUACCAACUUCAUACCAAGUUCCUUCAAAACGAGUGAAGAUGGAGUCCUUUUCUUCAAAUAUCGAAAGUCAAAUGCCACCGUCUUCUGAUUGCUCUGACGUACCUGAAAAAAUCUGUUCCACUUCUGCCUCGGUUAGGAGGGAUAUACCUAACGGGAAGUCUCCUGCGCUUUCCAACGGCCACCCUUCCUCCGCACAGCCUGGGUGCCGCUUUGUAGACUCGGUUUCGGAAAACUCGAAAACUCGAGCUUCAAUAUCCGAACCGCUGCAAAAAAGCCGCAAAAGGGCUCAGCCCUCUUCUAGUAGGGCCAAUGAUACGCCUAGGCCAGAGAAGAUUGGUCGUCGAGGUAAAGUAGCUGUUGAUUUAUCUAAUCUUCCAACCCGACUAGACCCAACCUCCUCACUGCGCGGUGCCUUCGACAUCCCCUCGAAUAGCUCAAUAAGAUGUUAUAGUCAACGCGCUCCAUCAUCAUCUGAACUGCUAACCUCCGAAGACAAGGAAGAAAUAGCUAAAGUAGCCUAUCAAGAACCAUACUACAGCGACGACAGAGACGUCCCGACAAAGGUCUGGGAAUAUGCCGGGCGUGAAUUCAAGUUCAAAUCAAGCAAGCUGUCAGAUCUUCCCAUUUUUAACCCCAACAAUGAAAACCGGAUUGUCUGGGAAUACAACAGACUCAAUCAGCGGGAUCCUAGGUUCAAGAUGUGGAAUAUAGCGGAGGCACCCCCAAGUAGGAAGGAAGUAGCAAAAUUGCUAGAAGAGCGAAAGAUAGUGAGGAAGGGGAAGGGUGCGAGGCAGAGUGUCGCAUAUGAACACAAUAGCUUUUUUGCGUCUCAGAUUCAAGGUCCCACGCAGAAAAAUAAAUAUGGUUUCAAGUUUUCUCAGAAUGCAAAGUCAGAUAAUGUGCAGCAUGAGUUACAGCAUAUGAGUAUUAUGAGUUUGGAGCUUCAUAUCAACACUGUGGGAGACUUUGUUCCUAAUGCGGAGCGGGACCAGAUCGAGUGUAUUUUCUGGUCUCUGAAGGAAAUGGAAGAGGGUGAGGAUGGUGAGGUUAAGGAAGUAACUCGCAUUGGCAUUAUCACCUUAGUCGAUGAACACAAUAAUGAUCCCAACCCUGGCCUGAAAUUCCGCCGCCAGUGCAGGGCCGAAAUCCGGACCGAGACCUCGGAACUUGGCAUGAUAAACACACUAAUCGAUACUGUGCGAGUCCUCGAUCCAGAUAUUCUCACAGGAUGGGAGGUCAACUCCAGUUCCUGGGGCUACCUUAUCAAGCGUGCCAAUCAACUCUUCGAAAUGAACCUCUGCGACGACCUCUCCCGGGUUAAGAUCGAAACGCAUAGUAGAUUCGGAAAAGAAUCCAAUCUCUGGGGGUUCAAUACUGGGUCUGCCAUCAGGAUUACCGGAAGGCACAUGGUAAACAUAUGGCGAGCUAUGACCGCGGAGCUUAACUUGUUGGGCUAUUCCAUGGAAAAUGUUGUAUUUCACUUAUUGCACCAGAGGAUACCACAUUACUCAUUCAGAGUAUUGACUGGAUGGUAUACUAGUGGAUCACCGCUAUUGUUUGGGAAGGUCAUUAAGCAUUUAGUGAGAAAGGUGCAGUUGGAUUUGGAGAUCCUGGACCGGCAGGAGCUUAUUACGCGGACGAGCGAGCAAGCACGCCUUCUGGGCAUUGACUUUGCGUCUGUCUCUGGACGCGGUUCGCAAUUUAAGGUUGAAUCUAUGAUGUUCCGAAUAGCGAAACCGGAGUCGUUCAUACUGGUUUCGCCAAGUAAGGCACAGGUCGGGCAACAAAACGCACUUGAAUGCCUACCUCUGGUCAUGGAACCUUUCUCGAGGUUCUAUACCAGUCCAGUGGUUGUUCUGGAUUUCCAAUCUUUAUAUCCGUCCGUGAUGAUUGCGCACAACUAUUGCUAUUCUACAUUCCUAGAACUCUGCGAGAAGGAUAUCAAUAUCGCCCCAAACGGAAUGAUGUACAUCAAACAAACCAUCCGCAAAUCCCUCCUGGCGAAAAUGCUGACGGAAAUCCUUGACACCCGCGUGAUGGUGAAGAACGGCAUGAAGCGCGACAAGCACGACAAAGCCCUCCAGAAGCUGCUGAACAGCCGCCAACUCGCGCUGAAGCUCAUCGCGAACGUGACAUACGGGUACACCUCGGCCUCCCACUCGGGCCGCAUGCCGUGCACCGAGAUCGCCGAUAGCAUCGUCCAGACAGGGCGCGAGAUCUUGGAAAAAGCCAUCCGCCUGAUACAGGACGAUCCCAAUUGGGACGCAGAAGUAGUCUAUGGCGACACAGACAGCCUCUUCAUCCACCUGGAGGGCCGCACAAAAGACGAAGCCUUCCGGAUCGGGGAAGAAAUCGCGGCGAGAGUGACGGAGGCAAACCCCCGGCCCAUCAAGCUCAAGUUCGAAAAGGUCUACCUCCCGUGCGUGCUGUUGGCAAAGAAGCGCUAUGUGGGGUUCAAGUAUGAGUAUCGCGAGCAGGCGGAGCCCGACUUCGACGCGAAGGGGAUCGAGACGGUCAGGAGGGAUGGGACUCCCGCUGAGCAGAUGAUCGAAGAAGCUGCGCUCAAGAUUUUGUUCAGAACAAAGGACUUGUCGCAGGUUAAGGCUUAUUGUCAGAGGGAGUGGACGAAGAUUAUGAGGGAGAAGGCUGUCAGGUUGGGGACUUAUGCCGAAGGAGUAUCCCUCCCCCCUGGCGCACAACUAGCCGCAAAGCGGGUAGAAAAAGAUCCCGAAAACGCUCCUCAAUACGCCGAACGUAUCCCCUACGUAGUAAUAGCCGGUUCCCCCGGUCAAACCCUAGCAGACCGCACAAUCGAAGUCAACGACCUCCUAGCGUCGCCAGAACUAAGCCUAGAUUCAGAAUACUACAUCUGCAAAAACAUAAUCCCACCCCUGGAGCGCAUCUUCAACCUUGUCGGCGCGAACGUGAGGCAAUGGUACGACGAGAUGCCAAAGUACAAGCAUUUAAGGAAGUUGAUAAAAUACAAUGACUCUGCUGCCGCCACCAGUGGAGGAACCGGCGCCCAGAAGGAGAAAUCCAGAGCCAUAAUAGAAUCAUACAUGACCAAGUCCUCGAAUAUUUGCGCCGUAUGCGGGUGCAAAACUUCCAGAACCAAGAACAAUAUAUGCAAAGACUGCACUCAAAACCGUGACGCCUCCAUCAUUCACGUGCGCACACAACUUGCGCGCGCUGAGAAGCGGGUGCUGGACUUGCAGACCGUGUGUAGGUCGUGCGAGGGCAGCUCUCCGGGAGAGGAGGUGGCGUGCACGUCGCAGGACUGUGCGGUCUAUUAUUCGCGCAGGAGGCAGGGCGCUGCGUUCACUUGGGAGAGGGAGAAUGUUAGAGGCGUGUUGGGCGUUUUGGAAGGGGUGGGGGAGUUGGAGUGGUAA